AUUCAAUAAUUAUUUUUCGGCUUAUUAAUCUUUGCUCUCCAAACUGCCAUAUAAAAGAAAACAUCGAAGAGGAGUGAUGUUUUACACACAAAAUGGAUCCCUCCCGGUGGAAUUUCAAAUAAUGACCUCGGGUUCCACUGCCUUUCAAAUCUCUAAAGUGUUAACUACCACCUGCAUUGUUUAUACAGCAAGUAGGUGAUUUCUAGAAUGAAUCUUUUCUUGAGUAUGAAUUACCCUCAGAGUUUAGAAGGAAGUAUAUUUCUUAUGAGAAAGUCAAAUGGCAUCAUCAAAGUACUUUCUUUUAGCUAUAGAGGUACUGUGUUAGAGAAAGAACACAAGUAAUAUGGAUUAUUGCCUUUAAUAUCUAUUCUUUGGCAGAUAACAUAGCUAUGUAUGUGCACCUUAUAUUAACCAUGAAACACAAAGAUGUGAUAGUAUUAAUCGUCUUCAUUCACUUAUUUAAUGCUUUCUGUUUGGAAUCUCUGUUUUUCUCUUUGCUUAAAGGUGAGGUAUCAUUACAGAAGCUCGAUAAAAUUCUCAUUUCAGGAAAUUAAGUGUAUGUUCAGAAUAUACAGAAGUAACAUUCAUUUGCAUGGAUUCUUUUUUGAGUAGGUUGUAAAAACCAAAGACCCAUCAAACUAGCUUUCCUUCACAUUCUCUUCCGAGGUUCACUCACCUUUUCCCUCCGUUAUCAUUCUUCCCUUCCCAGCUAAUAUAGUAAAGCUACCUACAAUUUAAAAAGAAGAGCCAAACAUAUUCAAAUUAUCUGUCCUUUUCAGUAACAGAAUUUUUGAUCUUACUGAUAUAAAUGGUCAUUUUGAAAUAUGAGAGACUCUGGCAAUUUGGCAAUUGGCCCAACGAAACCUGAUUUAUUUUGUUUAAAUAAAAGAUGUUGCAUCGGGCAUUCAAAUUCUGCAGUUUUCCAAAAUAUUUUUCUCAUCAGAGACUGCCUUUCUUCGAAAUUUUACUUGGGCUCACUGGGGACUCCUUUAAAUUUUGCGAUUGGUGUUAUUAAUAAGAUGAUAGAGGGAAGUCGGCAAAUAUUCAUCUCUUUUGCAUUCUUUUCUUUCCUAGUGGAUAAUAAUUUCUAGAAGUUUCUGGUCUAACUCAUGGGCAGUAAAAUUCAGUUACAUGAUUUUUUUUAAAAGCAUGUUUGUAAACUCUAAACCAUUUAAUCAUUAUUUUUCUGAAACUAAAAUAUAGCAUGAGAGAUAAAAUAAUAAUUUUUAAAAGCUUAAUUUUUACUACCUUGUACAAAUAUGAUAUUGGCAGCAGUCAUUGUGUGGCACUGGACGGGGAAUCAAGAGACCCGAUUUCUAAUCCCUGCUCUGUCACCAACAAGCUGCGUGAUCUUCGAUAAGUCAUUUAAACUGUAUGUCCUUGGCUUUGAUAUUUAUACAUAAAUAUGGAUACCUUCCUUUAAGAUCAUUGUCAGGAUUUAAAAAUCAAUGUGAAAAUGCACUAAAAACUUAAAGUUUCUUUUAUAGCUUAACUGUGCAGUCAUAAGUUUUUAAUAGUGUGAGAUUCUUAAUCAUUUCCACCAUUGUCAUAGGAAUCACCAGUUUCAUGAUAAAUAACUGACAUUCUGGGCAUGUUAUAGUUUUGUAAGAUCAUCAUCUAUUGCAUAUGAAUUUGCUUUUGGGUACUAAUAAAAAUCAUCUUUCACUUUAAUGUUCUUUACUGUCCAUAUUUGUUUUAAUGUAUCUACUGCAACCAUAUUUGUCAUUGUUUUCAUAAAUGUUCUUUCAUUAUUUUUCCCAAUUCGAACAUGUUUAUUAGAAAGCCAUACUUUGUUAUUACAAUGUGAUAUACUACACGUGCACAUACACACACUUAGCUUAUGCAAAUUUAUGUGUUUACAAAUACUUUUUUGUACUGUAUGGCUUAAUAAUAUAAGAUGCUUAGUUCAUGUGGUGCUUAACCAAAGAAACAGUAAGCUAUUUAAAACCUGGAGGAGAAACUGGGUGGACAUAUUGUAACGCAGUAUAGUGUACACAAAACCAUACUUUAAGAGUAAUAUAGAGGUUUUUUUAAAAGGUUAUUUUGACUACACACAAUUUUUAUCUUUGCUGAUUUUAAUAUAAACCUUUUGUAAGAUGCAACCCAAGGAUAAUUUCAAAUAGCAGACUGCCCUGUUGACCAGAAUUUGUUAGAUUGCUAUUAUAAUGCUGGUUAUAUUUUAUAGCAGUUACUGUCAUAAGGUUAUACUUUGGGCAGUGGCUCAUGCCUGUAAUUCCAGCCCUGAGGCCAAGGUGGGAGGAUCACUUGAGGCCAGGAGAUCAGGACAUAGUGAGACCUCCAUCUCUACAAAAAACUUAAAAAUCGAAACAGAAAGAUCGCUUGAGCCCAGGAGUUCAAGGCUGCAGUAAUCUAUGAUCAUGCCACUGCACUCCAGCCUGGACAACAGAACGAGACCUAUCUCUUAAAAAAAUAAAAGGUAUAUUUCAUCCUACACCCUAUAAUUUCUGCCAUAUAAUCUUGGCAGACCCGUUCUGAUUUUACAUGAGGUGUUAACCAUUAUACAGAAAAUCUUAUUGCCAUAUAAACGUACCAGAAUUUGUACAAUUAAAUGAGCUAUAUCCUCUCUUCCACAAUCUAUAGGAAAAAAGUAAUCCUCUUGGAAAGCUAGAAACACCAUCCCAUUGCUCAAAAAAUUUUUGGCAUUGAAUUUUUGUAAUUACCUUCAGAAUUUGUAACACAUUUUUUGAAUAUUUUUAAUGAUAGUUAAUUCUCGUCGUCUUAAGUUGAAUUUCAUUUCUGCAAGCUGCUAACAGGUCUUUAUAACUGAGACAAGUGAAUUAAGUGGGUAAAGUCACUGUUUGGGAUAAAAAAUGAAAUAUGAUUGUUUUCAUAUUUUUAGAUUUUUUAUAGUGUGUGGUUUAUAGAAAGACUCCAGGAAUAUUCUGUGCUGUGGUGGAAAUAUUGGAAUAAUCAGCCUCAUAAGGUGAUUUCUUUGGUGGGGAUAGCUGUCAGUUCAGUGUAUACCUCUAACACAUUAUUAUGAGGUCAGUCUCAUUACAUUGUAGUAUUUCUAUUCCUGGACAACCACAGAAGUACAUAUGUUACUUUAUUUUCUAGUUAUCUUACCUGUCACUAAUUGUUCUUUUAAUAUAUACUUGUGAUUAUUUUAAUGGAGUUCAUUCUUUUCUAAAUGAUAUACUGACAACUUUUGUUUUCCUUCCCAAUACGAUGCUCUGCUUUGCGGUGAAACUUAUUUGUUUUAUUCACUUAAUUACAUUAUUGGAUUACUAGUUAAGUUUUAUGUUGGUUAUAUUGUAUCUUUAACUUUGAGGGGAAAGCCACUCCCAUUUUUCUAAAGUAUAAAGAGGCUACAGCCUUCGUGGAUUAUCUCUCAAUUUUACACUGCUCUCUUUUUUAUGUCAUUUGUUACUUUAUAACUGUCUUCGUGUAAAUUGAUCUUUUAUAAUUUAUAUCAUUUCUCUAUUCAGAAUCCUUUGCCUACAGGGUGAGUCAUCCUGGUAAUCCCUUUCAGUUUUCUAUUCAUUUCUCCUUUUUUCCAGCAUAAAACUCCUUUUUGUAUGCCUUUUAAGCCACACUUACUUACUGAACAUACCAUCUUCUUUCUUAAAGCCAGAGUUUUGCCCUUACCAUAUUACUUGCCUGACAUCCCUUUUUAUUUCAUUCUUUCUGUUCAAAUACAAUGAAUCCUUCAGAAUGCUAUCAGAUCACAUCUGUUCAAGAUAAAGUGAAGCACUUGCCUUACUGAUCUCCCUGCAUCUUUCCACUUUUAUUGCAGUUAUUUAUGUUAUUCAUUUGAUACCAAAUACUAGCUUGAAAUUUUCUUUAUUAUUAUAUGUUUUAGAUAUUUUAGUUCUGCACAUAGAUUAUAAUCUUCUGAAGGACAGGACCAUGAUUAUUCUAUGUAUCCCUUUCAGCACAACAUACAACAUAAUUCAGAAUAGAUGUUCAUAUAAUUAUUUCAUAGGCAUUCAGUAAAUUAUUUGUUAAAUUAAUGUUCUACCAUCUUCACUCAGGUAUUUCAUGUGAUUUUGCCUUUGUGGACCAUUCAAUAAAGCCAAAUAAAUAUAAUUUGUACCAUAAACGCAUUCAUUGCUCUAAUCUGGUUAUCACUGUUAUAUUCCUAACAACUUUAUUUUGUAGAAGCUUAAGUGAAAAUGAUACAUGUUAGAAGACCUGAAACAAGGCAAAAUUCUAAAAGUCACGUGCCUGAGCAGAAAUCUCGAGUUGAUUGGAGGCGAACUAAAAGAAGUAGUAUCUCACAAUUAUUUGAUAGUGAUGAAGAGCUUGAUAGUGAAGAAUUUGAUAGUGAAGAGCUUGAUAGUGGUGAAAGUGUUGAUAAUUACGAAAGUUUUGAAAAUGAUGAAGAGCUUGAUAGUAACAAGGGACUUGAUUGUAAUAAAACACCAGGAAGUGAAAGAGAACUUAACUUAAGUAAAAUUGAAAGUGAAGGAAACAACAGUAAGUGUCUCGUUAACACUGGCAACAGUUCAACAUAUGAAGAAGAAACGAACAAAACCAAACAUAGGAAUAUUGAUUUACAAGAUCAGGAAAAACAUGUAAGUCAAGAGGAUAAUGAUCUCAACAAACAAACUGGACAAAUAAUAGAGGAUGAUAUAGAAGAAGAACACAUCAAGCGAGGAAAAAGAAAAAGGCUGUCCUCUGUGAUGUGUGACAGUGAUGAGAGUGAUGACAGCGAUAUCCUAGUUAGAAAAGUAGGUGUUAAACGUCCACGUAGAGUGGUUGAAGAUGAAGGUUCUUCAGUGGAAAUGGAGCCAAAAACUCCUGAAAAAACAUUAGCUGCACGAAAGCGAGAACAACUUCAGAAGCUCAAAGAACUCUCAAAACACAGAUCUCGUCUGAGACGCAAUAGUGGUAGAGAUUUUGAGGGCUCUGAAAAGAAAUCCUGCCCAAACAGUGAUGAAGAUGAUGAGGAGGAAGAACAGGAUGAUUAUGAAUCUGAUGAAGAUGGAGAUGAUCAUAGUAUCGAUGACUUUGUAGUGCAAGAUGAGGAGGGUGAUGAAGAGAAUAAAAACCAACAAGGAGAAAAAUUAACUACAUCACAACUGAAAUUAGUAAAACAGAAUUCUCUUUAUUCUUUUAGUGACCACUAUACUCAUUUUGAAAGAGUUGUGAAGGCUCUUCUGAUCAAUGCUUUAGAUGAAUCUUUUCUGGGAACAUUAUAUGAUGGCACAAGGCAAAAAUCAUAUGCAAAAGAUAUGCUAACAUCUCUUCAUUAUUUGGAUAACCGCUUUGUUCAGCCUCGUCUAGAGAGUUUAGUAUCUAGAAGUCGUUGGAAAGACCAAUAUAAGGAGCGGGUGGAAAAUUAUUGUAAUGUAAGUAUUCGUUUGAAGAAUCCUGAAAACUGUUCCUGCCAGGCUUGUGGACUGCAUCGCUACUGUAAAUAUUCAGUGCAUUUAUCAGGAAAGUUGUAUAACACCAGGACCAUGAAAAUAGAUAAUUUCAUGUCCCAUGAUAAACAGGUGUUCACUGUUGGCAGAAUUUGUGCCGACCGUACCAGAAUUUAUCAUAAACUGAAACAUUUUAAAUUCAAACUAUACCAGGAAUGUUGCUCUAUUGCAAAGACAGAAGUUAAAGAUGAACAAGUUAAAGAAACAGUGGAAAGAAUUUUCAAGCAGUCAAAAGAAAGAGGCUGGAUUGAGAAGAAAUAUGGUCAACUUGAAGAAUAUCUCAAUUCUGCGGAUUACUUUCAAGGAGAGAAGUUUGACUGAAUUGUAACACAUUUCCAUCAGAGAAGAUUUUUUAAAUUCCUGUAAAUGUGAAGAUCAUGACUCUUGUUUUUCUGUAUCAUGUGACAUAUUUAUACAUUUUAUCUAUAUCUUCGUGGAAAAAUAUUUUGUUUAAAACAUAAUUAUCUUAAUUCCUGUGAAAUGGCACUCUACACGCUAAACUUUGAUGUACAUAAAAGCAUUAUCUUAAUUUUUAAGUCUGUAAAUAUAUUUUAAAGUUACAUAAUAAUGGCUUUAUAACAGAUGACUGUCAAGUGAAUGAGCUGUUCAUAUCCUGUCAGUUUAGUCAAAAGAUGUUGUAUUUUAAAAAUGUAUUUAGACUGACAUCUACAUGUAGUUUUACUGAAUUCCUGUCCUUUUACAGUAUUAAAUGAUUUUCACUGAUAUAUUUUUUACUGCUAUCAUCUAAAUCAGUGGACCAUGGAAGAAACCUCAAUAUAUCAUUCAGUUCAAUCCCCUUGCUUCAGAAUCAGAUCAUAGCAUAUCUAUUCGAAGUAGAGGAAUGCUUUUUACCUUUUCUUGAAAGUUUCUCUUUCAAAUAGAUUUCAGGCCUCCAGAGUCUUUCAACCCUCACAUUCAGGAAUAAUUUUAUAUACAUUUUCAUGCUUUGUAAUAUUCUUUCUUUUUUAUUCAAUUUUGUCUAUAUGUGGAUGAUUAAGAUGUAUUUUAUUUAUUUUUAUCCAUAGCUUUUUCCAUAUAAGUAUAUAUCUUAGGGUCAGAACUGCUAAAAGAGACAAACUCAGCCAGAAGCACUUGGAAAGCAUAUUUUGGUAUCUGCACUGCUUUGCACAUCUAAAUUUUCCCAUAAAGUAAUAAAGUAAAAUGGUUGCAGAGUGAACAAAUGAA